AUGCCGGCUUUCCUCCCGCCCCUCUUUUCCCGCCGGCCGGCAUUCCAGCCGGCAGCAUCUGCGCCAAUCGCUGCUCCGGGUACCUCCUUUCGCGUCUUCCAGCCAAUCACGUUCAGCCGACGUGGCAGCGCUCCCGCAGAGCCAUCGCCAGCAGGCGGUACGCUGCCACGUGGCCCAGGGGCUGCCCACGUGGCACGAGUCGCGCUGCUGGUCGCCGUCGCUGCUGCGCUCAUCGCGUGCGACGUGUGGGGGCUGCACCCGUGGCACAGGAACGUCGCACAGGUCGCACAGGUCGCACAGGAGGCUCGGAGUGGGCAGGGGGUGUCGCAGGCGAGGCAUCUAGGGGCGGAAGAGGGCGGGAAAACUGGUGAUACCAGUAACGUUGGUGAUAGUAGGGGGGCCAGCAGCAGCGGUGCAGUGGAGUACAGAGGGGCGCCGUGGAAGGCUGAUGUGGGGCGGUGGCUCCUGGCGUGUAGCGACCAGCUGUCGCCUGUGACUGUAGGCGAGGCGCUCUUCUUGCGGGCGUGUCCCGGCAACUGCAGUGGCAACGGCGUGUGUAACCACGAGCUGGGGGAGUGCAGAUGCCGACACGGGUUCUCAGGCCCUGACUGCUCGCAGUUGCACCUGCACCAGUGCAACCUGCCCGCAUCACCCGAGUGGCCCGUGGGUACCUGGAUGGCGUCCAUCUGCCCGGCUCACUGCGACACCACCACUGCCCUCUGCUUCUGUGGGAAUGGCACUAGGUUCCCCCACCGCCCCAUCACCCACCCCUGUGGGUUCGUGUACAGGAACCACGACUUUGUGUACAGCGAGGUGGACACAGACUUGCUCUUCCACUCCCACACCGGCUACUGCAACGCCGAUCCCCGAGUGGGCUUCCAGCGUGACUACACGGGGUGUGGCAUGUGCGAUGUGGACGGGUACUUGGGGCCCUUCUGUGAUGUGCGCGUGGAGUCAUACUGUGUUAACCAGUGCUCGCUGCACGGCACGUGCCACAGAGGGUACUGUCAGUGUUCGCACGGUUUCUUUGGCAUUGACUGCAGCGUGCCAUCCGCUUUCACUCCUCGUGCGCUCUUCACGCACCCAUCUGAAUCGCUCCAGCUGGAUUCGCCGCACGCUGAUGUGGCAUCAAUGGCUGCCAACGCGUCAUUAGCUGGCAAGGACGGGGGAAGAGGCAGCGGAAGCAGCAUUGGAGACCCAGAUGGUGUCAUUUCCACGCCUGGCGAUGCUGCAGGCAGCACCCCUCCUGGUGAUGUGCAGCGCCGUGUGCUGCAUGGUGCAGGCGGGGAGGAGACACACCAUAGACUACGGGCCCAACUUGCUGCUGCUGCUGAGGGUUCUUCUACUAAGGCUUUUGCUGCUGCCGCUGCCACUGCUGCUGCUACUGCAGGCGCCAAGUCAGGGUGGCAGACGAGAGUGGUGAACCUGGCAGCGCAGCGGCAGGUGAAGCCAUUCGUGAGGAGGGAGUGGGAGCAGCGGCGGGGCAACGCGGCAAUGGGCAGCAGCAGCAGCAGCAGCAGCAGCAGCAGCAGCAGCAGGCGGUGGGUGCGGCGGCGGCGGCCGCUGAUCUACGUCUACGACCUGCCGGGGGAGUUCACGUUUCACCACAUGGAGGCGAGGAAGAUUCGUGCGUACUGCACCACUCGGCUGUAUGGCAUGCGCAAUGAGACGCUGUACAACUACUUCCAGCUCUAUGGCAUGGAGGUGGCAGUCCUGGAGUCGCUGCUGGCCAGUCCCCACCGCACCACCAAUGCAUCGGCAGCGGACUACUUCUUUGUGCCCGUGAUGGGUGCGUGCAUCACCGCCCGGGCUGACGACUCUCCUGCCACUUCUAUGCAGGGCAAGUUCAAGAACCGGCGGUCGUACUUUGCAGCGGACCACUACCAGCGAGCCCUGGAGCACAUCCGAUCCGCCUACCCCUUUUGGAACAGAACACAAGGCCGUGACCACAUCUGGACCUUCCCCUGGGACGAGGGUGCCUGCAACGCCCCUAAAGACGUGUUUAACGGCAUCAUGCUAUCGCACUGGGGCAACACCAUGGCCGCCCACAACCACUCCACCACCGCCUAUCUCCUCGACAGCUGGCACGACAUCCCGCCAGCGCUGCGCGGGCGGCACCCGUGCUUCGACCCGCUAAAGGACGUGGUCAUGCCGGCCUUCAAGCCGCCUAACGCGGAGCACCUCAGGGGGCGGCUGUGGCUCAAUCCAGUGGAGCAGCGGCAGCGGCUGUUCUUCUUUGGAGGCAACUUGGGACUCAACUUCUCCCACGGCCGCCCCGAGGCCAACUACAGCAUGGGCAUCCGGCAGCGAGUGGCGCUGUACUUUGCAUCGCAGCCCAACGUGCAGGGCCACGUGGGACUGCUGUCUCACCCUGACGUCCUCGUGCUGCCAGGGCCCGUCCCCGACUAUGCACAACAGCUCGCCUCAGCGCGCUUCUGCGGGGUGUUCCCAGGAGAUGGCUUCAGUGCACGCAUGGAGGACAGCCUGCUGCACGGCUGCAUCCCCUGCAUCAUCCAGGAUGGCAUAGAGCUGCCGUUUGAGAAUUUCCUGGACUACCCAUCAUUCACAGUGCGAAUAGCAGAAGCCGACAUUCCCAACCUCGUCACCGUUCUCAACUCCUUCUCAUCCCGCCAAGUGCGGGCAAUGCAGCGGGCGGCGAGCCUUGUCUGGAUGCGGUGGUUCUACCGGUCGGCAGUGCUGCUGGAGGCGGGGCGGCAGAGGGCACAGGGGAAGGAGGUGGGAGAGUGGGUGGCGGAUUUGGAUGGCAUGGAAGGGGAUGAUGCGGUCGACACACUCCUGCAGAUAUUGCAUAUGAAGCUCUCACCUCGCCUUCUGCGGGUUUCCCGGCCGUUAGGAUCCCCGUGCCGCGCCGCAAGUUCCGGCGACAGAAGCGGCGAGGAUCGCGGAGAUGCACCGAGUGACGCCAAUAGUAAUGCCGGUUCAGGAGCCGGAGGGAGCUCUUUAAAAGCGAAGUCGCUGGAUGGGGUAGUGGAGGAGAUUAAGGAGGAGUUUAGGACGGACGUCCGCGACGCGCAGAUUCUGCUUGCAGCGAUCCGAGCAGCCGUGAUCGUGGCAGUAGAAAAUAUUUUCGGGUCUGCCCGCGAGCAAGCAGCAGCAGUGAAGCGGCGCGGCCUGCCAAAGCUGCUGGCUGCGAAGCGGUGGCACAAAGUGGACCAAUGGAAGAACCCCCAGUCGUGGACGGUGCUACGGUGGGCUGUAGCGGCACUCUACCUCGCUGCUACAGUCGUCUUCUGCCGGGCGGCGGGUCGCACUGUAGCUGCCAGGCUGGCGAGCCGGCCUGCCUCGGUGGAGCGGUUUUUGGAGUUUGCCAUCCCAGAACCCACCCCUGAAAACGUCCGCCUUGUGCGGGAGCAGCGGUGGAGGGCGCAGGCGCCGCCAGGGCUAUCAGUGGUGAAGUGGAGGAUGGACCGCGAAGGGCGGUGGGAGAAGGACCCUUCCUUUGUGGGCGAGACCGCGUGGCAGCAUGAGGGAGACCUGGACCGUUCCACAUCCACUGGGCUGCUGACACGUGGCAGUGACAAUGCUAGUGCUACGAGCGGCAGUGUCACGGCUGCUGCUUCCACCACCAUCACCAGCGGCAGUGGCAGCAAGGGCGGGUGGAGGGAGCGGUUGCAGCGGUGGGAGGAAGCAGUGACGGAGGGCGAUAUCAAGGACCUGUUUGAAGAGCCGUCCAGCCGGUACGAGUACGUGUACGAUUGGGAUCUGAUUCAGGCGCAGCAGGAGGAGGAGAUGGCGAGGCGGGCGCGGGGGGAGGGCGAGGCGGACAGCCCCGCCGUGUGGCUGCAGCGGCGGUGGUGGAAGUACCGACCAGGCAUGCCGUACGUGUGGCUGCUGCACAAGAUACAGACCAACGAGGUGGAUGCAGCGGUUUUCACGGCUGACAUGCGCCGGCUCUAUGUCACCAUGAAGGAAGGGUUUCCUGCUGAGUUCAAGGUGGACAUCCCAAUAGACCCCUUCCUCUACCCCUCGCUGUUGCUCAAGGGGGUCAACGUGGACAUGCUGCCGCGCUCGCGCCUCUUCUUCCUGCGCGGGGUGGCCGCCCUGCUGCCCUCGCUGAUGCUGCUGGGCGGCAUCGGGGCGGCGCAGACCGUCUUCAAGCGGCGAGUGGACGAGAAGAUCCAUGAUUACAUCUACAUGGACCGCUCGCAGCUGCUGCUGCCGGAGGACGUGCACAGGGAGGGGCAGCGCAGUGCAUACGACGAUGUGGUGAUGGCGGAUGACAUCUGGGAGGUGCUGGAGGAGGUCAUGGCGUACAUGCGCGACCCCAUGGCCUUCCACUCGCAGGGCAUCAAGCUUCCCAGAGGCAUCUUGAUCAGCGGCCCACCGGGCACGGGCAAGACGCUGCUGGCGCGGUCCAUUGCGCGCGAGUGUGGGCUGCCGUUUGUGUUCACGUCGGGGGCGGAGUUUGUGGAUUCCACAUCGGAGAGUGGGCUGGAUAAGGUGUUCAACAUCUUCUUCACUGCGCGCGCCAAUGCGCCGGCAUUCCUGUUUGUGGACGAGAUCGACGCCCUGGCGGGCAAGAGCGUGCUCAAGGACCCCGAGAGGCGCGACGUGUACGAGGAGUUUCUGGCCGAGCUGGACGGCGAGGAGGAGCACACAGACGUGGACCGCUUUUCUCUUCGACAGUCGGUGAUUCUGAUAGCGGCCACCAACCGCCCGGACGAGUUGGACGAGGGGCUGACCAAGGCGGGGCGCAUCGACCGUGAGAUCCACGUGGGGCUGCCCAGCGAGGAGCAGCGCAUCGCCAUCUUUGGCGUUCACUCCCGCAACCGAUUGCUUGAUCCUUCUGUGGACUUCUCCAAGGUUGCCUUCCGCACGAUUGGUUUCUCAGGCGCCGAUAUCCGCAAUCUGGUGAACGAGGCGGGCAUCAUGGCGGUGAGGCGCGGGCACACAGUGAUCGAGCAGGGUGACGUCGUGGCAGCGCUGGACAAGCAGCUCUUCGAGAGCCUCGGGAUCUCCAUGACUGACGAUGAGCAGCAGAGAUUGUUUGCCAAGGUCCCAGCGGAGGUGAGGAGGGUGCUGGCAGUGCACGAGGCGGGCCACGUGCUGCUCUCACACCUCUUCCCCGCCUUCGACUGGCACGCCUUCACCCACAUCCUCCCCGGCGGCCAGGAGCGGGCACUGUCAGUGUUCUACCCGCGGCAGGAGAUGCUACUCAAGGGCAGCACGAGUGUGGGGUACCUGCACAUGCAGAUGGUGGUGGCGCAUGGCGGCAUGUGUGCCGAGCGCCUCGUGUUUGGCGACGACCAUGUCACGGACAACGGCCAGGACGACCUCAUGAAGCUGUCGCAGGACGAUCUCAUAAGGCUCUCGCAGGCGAAAUAUGUUGUUUCGAGUGAGAAACGCAACUUGAGUAAGAGUAUGAUGUUUGUGUUUUGA